GGACGUGGUGCGCAGCUUCUAUGCCAUUUCCGCGUCAAAGGAAACUCCAAAUCCCGAAUGCCUCAGGGGUAGGCACGUCACUUCCGUUGUGUUGGAAGUUGCGGAGAAUCGAGUCUUGGGGGCUGGUGUGGUUUGACAGCGACGGGUCCGGAGUUGUGGACAGGUGGAGGGGUGAGCUUUUGUGUUUUUGUCCAUCCUUCCCGUAGAUAUCCGGUAUGGAGCUGGCAUUGGACUUGGGUGACCAGGAGCUGCUGGACUUCCUGCUAGAAGAAAGCGGAGAUUUGGGGGCAGAGCAGCCGCUUUCCGAGACACUGAAUGAAUGGGAGGUAGAGGAUUUCCUGAUCUCCCUGCUGAGUCCCCCAACGUCGUUGAACGUUUUCAGCUCCUCUGAUUCCUGUCUUGUCCACCAUGAUCACACCUACUCUCUCCCACAGCAACAUGUCUCUAUAGAUGUAGAUGGUGGGAAGUAUGGAAAAGAGGGGGCCCAGACGACUCCACUCCAUGUGGAGGAGCCGGCGGAACAGGGGAUUGCUAGGCUGAUACUGACAGAUGAGGAGAAGAGGCUGUUGGAGAAGGAGGGGCUUACUCUGCCUGGGACACUUCCUCUUACUAAGAUGGAGGAACAAAUUUUGACACGAGUGCGGAGGAAGAUUAGAAACAAAAAGUCUGCUCAAGAGAGCCGCAGGAAGAAGCGGCUGUAUAUGGGAGGCUUAGAAAGCAGAGUCUUGAAAUAUACAGCCCAGAAUCUGGAGCUACAGAACAAAGUACAGCUCCUGGAGGAACAGAAUUCGUCCCUUCUGGACCAGCUGAAGAGACUCCAGGCCAUGGUGAUUCAGAUAUCCAACAAAACCAGCAGCAGCAGCACCUGUGUCUUGGUCCUACUUUUUUCCUUCUGUCUCCUCGUCCUACCUGCUAUGUACUCCUCUGACACAAGGGGGAGCCUGCCAGCUGAGCAUGGAGUGUUGUCCCGCCAGCUUCGUGCCCUCUCCAGCGAGGACCCUCACCAGCUGGAGCUGCCUGCCCUGCAGUCAGAGGUACCAAAGGACAGCUCAGACCAGGAGCUCCAGGCUCUCGGCAACUCUUGCUGUCUGCUGAGACAGAUGCCUCAGGCUCCCGGUGCCGAGUCUGCCUUGACAUUGCCACUUCCUGUCCCCUCCCCAAAGUCCCCCUGCUCAGGUCCAGUCCUUUCCCUGCCCGCAAACUUCACAAGAGAAGGGGGAUGGCUCCCUACUCACAGCCCUACAUCUGUUAUCUUACAGGGCAGAUAUUCAGGCUAGAUGUGAGGAUAUGGGGGGGGGGGGGGGGGGGAGCUAAGCCAGAGCCCAGAGUUCCUAGUCUGUGUCCAAAUGAAAGGAAUGGGAGAGGGCUAGCCUGAGCCCCCGUGUCCUGUCAGGAAGCCUGGGAGUUCAAACACAUCACACGUCACUGGUUUUCUGGGUCUUUUAUUUGUACCCAUGUAUGUCUGCCACCCCAUGAAUGGGCCUGGGGGAGUCAACUAACCUCCUCAAUCAUUUCAUGCAGUGAGGGGAUUGGGUGAGGGAAGAAAUAAAUAAGUGAUUCUGA